CAUUUCUUAAAUGAGAUCACAACAUAGAAAAGCAACAUUAAAUAUUCCAACUGUUUUAGACUUACAAAACCCAGAAUGGGAUUUCAUUUUGAAAUCUUGGGCAUAUAUCAAUGUUAAGUAUUUAUAUUCUAUUAUGCUUUUUGAAAAUAGAAACUAUGAAUUAACCAUUAAUAAAGGUGCUGUUAUUAAUAAAAAAAUUCUUUAUUUAAAUCUAAAGGAAGAAGCAAUCAAUUAUAAAAUAUCAUCUAGUAUGCCAAAUAUAAUUGAAGUUAAAUCAGAUAAUAUUAAUCUUUAAAAAGACUGUAAGUUUUUAUUAUAUUUUUCUAGAAAAAGAUUAUAUUAAAUUAUUAAUAAAGGCCCCUUUGACUCCUUGUAAAUUACAUGUCAAAAUAGCUCUUAUGGAUAUCAAAGGUGAUACUGUUUUUGAAGGAAUGGAGUUUGAUCUUAUUAUUGCAAAUUUAACUUCAAAAUGA